AUCAGUCAUCACCACACACUGAAUUUUCUCCCCUGCUUUUUCAUAACCCUAAUUUUCCACCAUGCUUCUCAAGGUAGCACCCGCUUUUGCUCUAUUGAACACCCCUAAGUCUACCCAUGGGGAAAAUCCGUUAACCCACAAGAGUUUUUCUGCUAAAAGUGGAAAUGGGUUGAUAGUUUGUGCUUCAAAGGGGACAAACCACAAGCCCUUAACAGGGGUUGUGUUUGAGCCAUUUGAGGAGUUGAAGAAAGAGUUUAUGCUUGUACCCUCUCUUCCACAAGCCUCUCUUGCCCGCCAGAAGUACUGCGAUGAAUCUGAAGCUGCUAUUAAUGAACAGAUCAAUGUGGAAUACAAUGUUUCUUAUGUUUAUCAUGCUAUGUAUGCCUAUUUUGAUCGAGACAACGUUGCUCUUAAGGGUCUAGCCAAUUUUUUCAAGGAAUCUAGUGCAGAGGAAAGAGAGCACGCUGAGAAAUUUAUGGAAUACCAGAACAAGCGUGGUGGGAAGGUGAAGCUGCAGUCUAUCUUGAUGCCACUGACUGAGUUUGAUCAUGUUGAGAAGGGGGAUGCAUUGUAUGCAAUGGAGCUUGCGCUGUCUCUGGAGAAGUUGACAAAUGAAAAACUUCUAAACGUGCAUGCUGUAGCCUCACGAAACAAUGAUGUGCAAUUGGCUGAUUUUGUUGAAAGCGAGUUCUUGGGAGAACAGGUGGAAGCUAUCAAGAAGAUCUCAGAAUAUGUUGCUCAGCUGAGAAGAGUUGGCCAAGGACAUGGUGUUUGGCAUUUCGAUCAGAUGCUGCUGCAAGAGGGAGCUGCUGCUUGAAGGAGAAGAUAAAAUUUGGCUUACCAUUUGUAUUUUUCCAUUGUUGUCUGGCUAAAUUUGGAUAUUAGAAUGGGGUAUCUGAGAUUAUGAGCCUCUUCUUAUUAAUAGACUAUUAGCAAGUGCAUACAAGAGUGACCUAGUAGAUCGAUCUAGUCAGUUGUGCUAUUGUUUACUUACUAGUUUUCAAGUACUUUGGAGUUUGAUUACUUACCAUCUAUCUAUGCUAUCAUGCUUGCCACUUGUAGCUUGAACCUGAAGUGCACCAGUGAGCAUUCUAUCAAAUUUUAGUAAAUUUCCUUUUGUUUCAA